AUGCACGUCAUUAUCGUCGCUCGCAUGGCGAAGCACCGGACUGGCAGGCAUGUCGCUCCUGCCAGCAGUAAGUUUAAACUACAGGAAGCUCUUUUUUCAGAGGUUUCCUGUCGGUACUUCGCGAAGGUCAACGGGGAAACCAGCUACGGGCUGUGGGGAGACCCCGGUUCCAACCGCGGAAGCGGGCAAAACCUGGAGGACGAAGCACAAGCUGUUCGACCAACCAAGGCCAACAACGAGCAAAGCUUCAUCGUUUUUUGUGACAACGCACCCCACGUCUUCAUCGGCAGUUGCCUCCUCCCUGGUGUAGCCGGUGGUGACACUGAGUCCAUUCAGCCCAGAAACCUCUUGCAGUUCAGCAAGUUGAUUAAGUGCGCCAUACCAGGGAGCCACCCACUUUUAACGUUCAACGGCUAUGGAUGUUACUGCGGGCUUGGUGGACAGGGGACACCGGUGGAUGAGCUGGACAGGUGCUGUCAGACACACGACAAUUGUUAUGGCGCGGCUUCGAAAAUGGGCUGCAAAUUUCUCAAGAACCCCAAAGCUGUGGGCUACAAGUACACCUGUUCAAAAAAGACCGUCACUUGCGACAGUAAAAAUAAUAAAUGUGCGAAGUUUGUCUGUGAAUGUGAUCGCAAAGCGGCCGUUUGCUUCGCCAAAGCACAACCCACGUACAAUAAAAAAUACAAGGGUAUGAAGAAAUCCAGUUGUAAAUAG